CCCGAUGGUUUAGUGUUUUGCCGACUUCAACAAUAAGCAGUCAUGUCGCAAAAGGUAGCUGUUGUUACCGGCUCCAACAAGGGCAUAGGACUAGCCAUCGUCAAGGCCCUUUGCAAGCGCUUUGAUGGAACAGUGUACCUGACAUCCAGGGACGAAGGCAGAGGCAAGGCAGCGGUAGCAGAACUUAACAAACUUGGACUCAAACCAGCUUAUCACCAAUUAGAUGUCAUAGACAGAAAAAGCAUAGAAAGAUUCAGAGACUACAUCAAGAAAAAUCAUGGAGGUAUAGAUGUUUUAAUCAACAACGCAGCUGUUGCUAAUAGUGUUGCACUGUAUAAUAACUACGAGGAAAGCAAAUAUAUUAUCGACAUCAAUUAUAAAAGCUUCCUGACCAUUCAAGAAAUACUCUUCCCGCUUAUAAGGAAUAACGGAAGAAUUGUCAACAUCUCCAGCGAUUGUGGGCAUUUGUCUAACAUUAGAAACAAAUACUGGAUCGACAGACUAUCGAAAAAAGAUCUGAAAGUUGCGGAUAUCAACGAAUUCGUCAAUUGGUUUUUAGAAUCCGUGAAUAAUGGUAAUUUUAACUACGAUGACAUUGCUGAUAGUGGAACUGUGGCGGCAUACAGAGUUGCAAAAGUUGGAGUUAGUGCAUUAACUAUAUUACAGCAAAAAGAAUUGGAACACCGAAAUAUAUCGGUCAACUCUAUGCAUCCUGGAUUGGUUAGAACUGACAUGACAGUUGGCGUGGGAUUCUACAAUACUGAUGAGGCGGCAGAGACGCCUGUGUAUUUGGCCCUGGACGCCCCCGAAACUCUGAAAGGGGCAUACAUUUGGUAUGACAGGAGGGUGCUGGAUUGGUACGAUUAUAAGGCGGAUUGGUUCUUUAAAUCGAGCACUUUGAAGGCUUAAGAAUACAGAGAUUUAAACAAAAAUAAGAUGGUGAUUUUAAUAAAGUUGCAAACAUUAGUAUUAUGAGUAUAUCCCAUAUUUACUCUCCCAGCUAGCUUUUGUACCUACCUGUUUUAAUUAGAAUUGAUUUGUUUCAAUAAAGUGUUCUAUACUCUGAUAA